AUGGAACCGUGGCGUGCACCUCCGGACGUGGUGAUCGAGGACUGCGCCGAGGCAAGAAAGAGUCAUGACCAAAUACUGCAGCAAACUAACAAGCCGCUGUCGGUUUUUAUCGACGAAACUACGACCACGGUAUACGCAGCAGAGCUACGGGGUGUCCAGAUGGGGCUGGAAAUAGUGAAACGGUGUCACGGGAUGCAGCGAUGGAGGAGUUACAUCCGAAGCCCUGAAAGCGCUCAGGCGACCUCGGCUAGUCUCUGGACAGGAGAUCCUACGGGGAUGCUUGUAGCUGCUCCGUUGGGCGUGUCUGGGAACGAGGCAACCGACCGGCUUGUCAAGCAGGCAGCGCAACGAGGACCCUUACGAGGACAACAACUGGUCAUGCUUCAAUCGGCGGAUAAGCGGAGGAUCAGGGCGGAGUCAAAGGCCAAGUGGGCCAAGGCAUGGCAACGGACAAGGACAGGACGACCGACUAAGCGCCUGAUUAACGCGCCAGAGAAGGGCGUCCUGCGGUACUGGGAAGUCUCCGAAAGGCAACCAGCUCACCGUAUCAACGUGCGCGAAUCGGCGCUGCGGUUGCGAUCUUGA